GAUCAUGAUGAGAAUUGAUGAUCGGACACGCUGAUUUCAUUGUCUGAGGCGGCAGUGGAGACCCAGGAAAAAUCUCGCGGAAUCCGUCUGCUCUGGCCCUGGUUUCAUCUUGGAUCCUCUGAACUCUUCCGUGACCGCACCACGCCCGAGAUGAAUCUACGUUCUGUAUUUACUGUAGAACAACAAAGGAUUUUACAGCGUUAUUAUGAAAAUGGAAUGACAAAUCAAAGUAAAAAUUGCUUUCAGCUCAUAUUACAGUGUGCACAGGAGACUAAGCUGGACUUCAGUGUAGUCAGGACGUGGGUUGGCAAUAAGCGAAGAAAAAUGAGUAGUAAGAACUCUGAAUUAGGAACAGCAGGAACUGUUUCUGGUACCUCAUUGGCAGCUCCAGACAUUACAGUCAGAAAUGUGGUUAAUAUUGCCCGGCCUUCAAGCCAGCAAUCUUCUUGGACUUCUACCAAUAAUGAUGUCAUUUUAACUGGUAUAUACAGUCCAGCAAGCUCAUCAAGUAAGCAAGGGACAACAAAGAAUGCAAAUACACAAAUUACAGAAGCACAUAAAAUUCCUCUUCAGAAACAAGCCAGUAAAAAUGACACUGAAUUUCAAUUGCACAUUCCUGUUCAAAGACAAGUAGCACACUGUAAAAAUGCUUCUGUGCUCCUAGGGGAAAAGACAAUUAUUUUGUCAAGACAGACAAGCGUACUAAAUGCUGGAAACUCGGUGUACAACCACACAAAGAAAAACUAUGGAAGCUCUCCGGUGCAAGCUUCUGAAAUGACAGUACCUCAAAAGCCAUCUGUGUGCCACCGACCUUGCAAAAUUGAACCAGUUGGCAUUCAAAGGUCAAAUAAACCUGAACAUGCAGGUCUGGCAUCACAUAACUUAUGUGGGCAAAAGCCAACUGUUAGAGACCCUUACUGUAGAACACAAAACUUGGAAAUUCGUGAAGUGUUUUCAUUGGCAGUCAGUGAUUACCCUCAGAGAAUUCUGGGAGGAAAUACCACACAGAAGCCUGGUUCAGCAGAAGGAACUUGUUUGUCCAUUGCGAUGGAGACUGGUGAUGCAGAGGAUGAGUAUGCUAGAGAAGAAGAGCUGGCAUCAAUGGGAGCACAGAUAACAAGCUACUCAAGGUUUUAUGAAAGUGGCAAUUCUCUUCGAGCUGAGAACCAAAGUACAAGUUUGCCCGGACCAGGAAGAAACCUGCCAAAUUCACAAAUGGUGAAUAUUAGAGAUUUGUCAGACAAUGUACUAUAUCAAAAUAGAGACUACCAUUUGACACCACGGACCUCAUUGCAUACAGCACCUAGUACUAUGUACAGUAAUACUAAUCCAUCCCGGAGUAAUUUUUCUCCACAUUUUGUAUCAUCAAACCAAUUGAGGUUAUCACAAAACCAAAAUAACUACCAGAUUUCAGGAACCCUUACUGUGCCUUGGAUUACAGGGUGUUCUAGGAAAAGAGCACUCCAGGACCGUACUCAGUUCAGUGACAGAGACUUGGCUACCCUUAAGAAGUACUGGGACAAUGGUAUGACCAGCCUGGGCUCUGUAUGUCGAGAGAAGAUUGAAGCUGUUGCGACUGAAUUAAAUGUUGACUGCGAAAUAGUUCGGACUUGGAUUGGGAAUCGAAGAAGAAAAUAUCGUUUAAUGGGAAUUGAAGUUCCACCUCCAAGAGGAGGCCCUGCUGAUUUCUCUGAGCAGCCUGAGUCUGGUUCUUUGUCUGGACUCACACCAGGAGAGGAAGCUGGGCCUGAAGUAGGAGAGGAUAAUGACAGAAAUGAUGAAGUGUCCAUCUGUUUGUCCGAAGCAAGCUCUCAAGAGGAGCCCAGUGACAUCAUCCCUGAUGAGACCAGGAUGCAGAAGGAUGAAGAGCACCAGGCAGUAUCUGCAGAUAAUGUGAAAAUAGAAAUUAUCGAUGAUGAAGAAAGUGACAUGAUAAGCAAUUCCGAGGCAGAACAAGUGAAUUCUCUCCUGGAUUAUAAGAAUGAAGAAGUCAGAUUCAUUGAAAAUGAGCUUGAGAUUCAAAAGCAAAAGUACUUUAAGCUCCAGACUUUUGUUAGAAACCUGAUUCUGGCUAUGAAAGCUGAUGAUAAGGAACAACAGCAGGCACUGCUGUCAGAUUUACCUCCUGAAUUAGAAGAGAUGGAUUUCAGUCACGCCUCACCGGAUCCUGAUGAUACCUCAUUCAGUGUGUCUUCGUUAUCAGAGAAAAAUGCCUCAGACAGUUUGUGACUGGGGGUGGGGAUAUGAUGUAUUCUGUUGGUUGCCUAACAGGUGUGCAUUUCAAGAUAACUAUAUUUUUCCCCAAUAAUCUUCAACUGGAAAAACACAUUGUUAAAACAGACAUAUUCUGUAAAGGAAGGACAAGAAAUAAUGGCUACAAUAAAAAUGCAUGUCAAAUGUAAAAAUACUUGAAAUGUGUUUUUAAAACUUCUAUAAAAUCCUAGAAAAGUUAUAUUUAAUUUUAAACAAUUCAGCCAUGAAAUCUAUUAUAUCUGAUUUUUGAAAGAUUUUUGCUUAUUGUUUAAGAAGAAUCUUAGUAGAAGUUUCAACCAGAGACAUAAAAAUAAUCAUAUUUCAACAUUACUAGGUUGCUAAAGCUUUAUUAGUCUUACUUUUGUAGCCAUUGCAGCUUCCUUCUCCUCUCAUUUUCUUAUCAUCCAUAUACAUUUGUACUCAGGAAAGUGGGCUGAAAAUUAAAAAAACAAAACCUAAAUGUAUGUUUAACAUAGAUGAAUUCUAGGAUUUAUUUUUAACUCCUAUGAGAAUUUGACCUAAGAUAAUGGUUAGAAAUUGAAACAAUUACUAGAAUGUAAUUUAAGUUAUUAGUAUUCUUCUGUCUAAACCUAAAACUGGGGAGUAAAAGACAGUUUUAAUCUCAAUUCUUGUAUACUGAAAAUGAUCAGUAUUAGUGAUUUACACUCUACUAUAUAGUAAAUUUAUAUAAUUCAUUUAGAGAAAAUAUUGCACAAAUACUUCAAGUUUACCAACAAUUUCAUAAUAUUCUUUCACAUCAUGAACUUUGUGAAGCAGGAAAUCAAAGUAUGCCACUGAUAUUGGUUUUCUUUUGUAUUCUAGCCAUACAACUUUGCCACAAAAUUUACCUCAUUUCCAUAUGAGGCCUGUACAGAGCCAUCAGCCAACAACAAUAUCAAAAAAGAGUUAUACUACUAUGAUUGUAAAUUAAAGUCCUCUGAAUUUCCUGGAUGCUAUUCUAUGAACACCCAGUUGUUACUGUUAGUUGGAACCAGAUGGUAGCACACUAUAGACAUCCCUUUGCAGAUCUUCCCUUCCAGAAUACCAGAUGGGAAUACUAAGAUUCAUAGAUGGGAAAACACUAGUUUCUCCCUAAGCUCACUGUCAUAUAUUUGUGACCUUGUUUGUGGAACUAAAUUACAUGAUUGAAUUAUUAUCUAAUCCUGAAGGAAGAGUGAAGCAGCUAGAUAACUGUUCUAGUUGUCAAGCUUUAAAUAUUUUUAAGUUUUUUUUAACUGUGGCUGAUUCUGAUCUCAGUAUUCCCUGAUACCAAUUUCGGAAUACAGAAAGGCAGUCACAAUGCCUUUAACUUGGAAAUGUCCCUUCUCCCCAGUAUAUACAAGUAAACUUCAUUGAUGGUCAUUCAGUUUAUCGACUAUUUGAUUUUACAUUGCUUCCACACAGCUUCUAUGGCUUCUUUGUCAGCAGAAAUAUUUCAGUAGUCAGCUACAUGCUCUUUAGCUGACCGUCAUGUGGUUCUUUGCAAACAACUUUUGGUAUUCCUUGCUGACAAAUCAAAUUCCAUUCAGGGAAAAGACCAUUGAGCAACAGAACCUCAAACAUUCAGGUUAAAUUUUUCAGUCACAUAAAUUUAUCCAGGAGAUAAAGAGUCCCCCACCCCCUGUAUACAAAAAAUACAGAAACCAUUAUUUUGUGAUAUGGAGGAUUUAGACAAGGUCUCCUGUAGCCCAGGCCAGCCUUUAAUUCCCAAUGUAGCUGAGGAUGCUUUUGAAUCCUACUGCUCCUGCUUCUGUUUCCAAAACUCUAGGAUGACAGCUGUGUUUCACCAUAAGAUUUAUUUUAGUUUCUUUUACCUUCACCAUUCUAUUUCUUUUAGUAUGAACAAGUUUCUGGGGUCAGGUGUGCUAAGGUUAUACCAUGAGAUCCUGGUAUGAAGAAAUUUCUGGGGUCAGAUAUGCUAUGGUUAUACCAUGAGAUCCUAUUAUGAACGAAUUUCUAGUCUCAAAUCUCUACUACAAUCUUCUCCAGCAAGGUUGAGUUUAUCUUUGAACUUAUAAACUGCUUAAAUUUAAAACUCUUCUUAGUCGGCCUUCAUUGCAGAGUGAGUCUUUCCUAUGUGUUUUAACACUCAUAAUUUUAUUUUUUACACUUAAAGAUUUGUCACUAAAUAAAAGAAAACAUUCAUGGCACUCUUACUAUAGAAAAGACACUGAAUCAGACAAUGGAUUUCUUAUUAAUCUAUGGAUUACAAAAAGAAUGAUUUUAGCUAAGUACAAUGGCACAACACUGAUACCUCACAUUGGGUAGACUGAGGAAAGCUGGGCUUCAAAAUACAAAGAAAUGUUUCCCUGUCAACCUUUUCAUGGAUAUUAAUAAAAGGUGUUCAGCUAUCAGUUGUAAUUGAUUUAAAAAUUCUAAUAGAUGUGAUACUUAGAAGGAAUAUUAUAUCUAUAAUUUUGGGAAGACAUUUAACUUUUACUUUUAUUCCUAAAGUUCAUUAACCUAGAAGCUAUAUGUCCUAACAGUCUACUUAGGACUACUUUUAUCCUGGUGUUUUUCUCUCAGCCACAGAAUUAUAUCUUUUAUGAACAUAGGAAUUAAAACAUUUAAAAAAAUAUUAGUGGGGAUAUUCUGUAGCCAUACCCAAAAGAAAUAGUUGCAGCAAUGUCAAAACAACCAUAUUUUGGCAGAUUGAAUACAUAACACAGACCUUGAAGAAGAUCAAAUAUUUUUUAAAAAAUUAUUAUGAAACUGGGGAGCUAGCUUGGCACUUGCACAGGGCCACAGGUUCAAUCCUAAGUACUUCAGGAGGACAGAUACGAAGCUAUUAUAAUGGAAACAAUUUUUACAUACAUUUUUCACAUACAUGUUUGGUUUUGAGAUUUUUUAAACAAGAAAAAUGAUAGUUUUGACUGUUUUCAUGAACGUGUCUGUGGAUCAUAGUGAAAAUCAUCUAAGUAGUAUUUCUUUCUUUAGGGCUUUGACAAUAUUAGAGCAUAUUAUACUAUCAGAAGUAUCAUUCAGAGAAGCAAAUGUAAAUGGGAUUUCUUCCCUACUGAACUACAUUUAAAUGUUUACUUUAAGCUUAGGAUACCAAGCAAUUUCAAAGCAUAUAAUGUAUAUCUGAGAGCACUUACCUUCUAAAAUGUGAGUUAAAAACAAACCCUGAAAUAACAAUAACAACAAAAAGAAGGCACCUUCCUCAUUCAGCCAAGCUAAAAUUAGUUAGAAGAAAAUGAGAAUUGCAGUUGCCCUGGAGAAUAGGAAAAUUAACACAGGCAAAGAAAAUGUUAAAGGAAAAUUGGUCUGUUUAGAGAACCUGGGGGAUGUUUUGUUGUAAGGUCAGCUAUCAACAGGACUUUUACACUGCAACUGUAAUCAGUGAUAGAAAUGUUUGUAACUAUUGGAGAAAAAAGGCUCUGGCCCAGUCACAUCCUGUAUUCAGUAUACAGUUAAUACCCAGACCUCAAAAGACCACCAAGAGUUCAUUUUUGCAAAGACAGAAACAUCUACUUUUAAGGCCCUUACAUUGGGCAGUCUUAUCAGUUUAUAGGAGAAAAGCUAAGUGGUAGAUAUAAACAGACACUGGAUGAUAAAAAUGACUAGUUUCCUUUUGGGGGAGGGGUUUUCAGCCCCUCUCUUAGCCUGAUUGUAAUCACCUUUGAAAGAAAUUCUGAAAUCUUUAUCUGCUGCCUUUUAUCCAUGAGGUAGUGAUAAAAUGCCAGGAAUGGUGUGACCUUAUAGUCAAUUUUCUUUUCAUUCAAAUUCCUAAAAUUAAAAAAAGGUAUUGUUCUUUGAAGAGUUACCAUUGCUGUGUAUCAAAUUGAUAGUUAAUUUCUUUCUGAAGUUGUGUUAACCUUGACAGAUAUCACUGUGCCUCGCCCGUCACCAAGCUAUGUUUGUAAUGCUCUAAUGAAAUAGCCUACUAACUUGUGAACCUGCAGUUGACAUAAAUAAAUCUUUAUUAAGAACACAUUUGCCAAGGAAGAAAGAAGAAAAGGAAUAUUUUCAUGCUGAUAUAAUUAUGAUUGUUUCAUUAAACUGUAUACGGGGUAUAUAUUGUUCCUCAUUGAAAUUUUAUUUUGCAUUAACAUACUGAGUAAUCCCUUCUAGCAAUUCUGCAUCCCAUUUUACUGGUACUACCUCUGAAGCAUAUUAUCUCUUUAAAACCAUAUCAGAUUGUAAUGUGAAUUUUUGUAGAGUUUUUAUUUAAACUUUUAUAGAGGCAAUAAAUG